UUUUCCCCUUUCUCUUCGUACAAAUUCUAAUUCUUCUUUUUCUUUUUUCUUUUCUGAUUAAUUUCAGUUUACGAAGUUGGUAUUGAAUCCGUAUGAGUGUGAUCUGUAAUUGAUGUUGAGAUUUAUGGAAAUCAUUUAAUUUUUGAAAAAAAAUAUUUGUGCGUUUAGUGAAGGACAACUGAAUCGAGCUUGCUUUUUAGGUCUAAGAGUCCGUACAUUUUAUCUUCAACAAAUCUUCUAUUUAUGCUUAUCGAGAGUGUUUUGAGUGAUCUCGAGAAACUAAGGAAAAUGUUUUGAUUCUCCUUUUAUAAUCAUCGAUUGGAGUUCUCGUUCUAUUUUUCUUCUUCACUCUAUUACUAGUGAUGAAUGGUACUCCGUAAGUGAAGAUAGAUCAUCUCAGAGCUUGAAUUUCAGAGUGAUUAGAUGCGUUUUGGUUUUCGAGCUGCAAAUGAGUUCUGGAAAAGAAAAAAUCGAAUAAGAAUGAUGAAUAGUGCUUAUGAUUAUGGAGAAAUUUAAUAUUAUGCAGAUGCUGUACUGGGUUUCUGGGGAGUUCUUCCUGAGGGAAAUCAUAAUUGACUGCUGGCUCCACUGCUUGCAUACUUGGAGCGAUGGGGUCCUACAUGAACUUCAAUAACUUCGGAGACAAUGUGCAACAAGAUGGCAGUGGUGGGAAAUCGGCUGGUAGUUAUCCCUUGGCUCGGCAGUCUUCUGUGUAUUCUCUAACGUUUGAAGAGUUUCAGAAUACUUUGGGUGGAUCUGGAAAGGAGUUUGGAUCCAUGAAUAUGGAGGACCUUCUAAAGAGCAUUUGGACAGCUGAAGAGAGCCAGGUUCUGGCAUCUUGCACUGAUGGAGGAAAUGGAAGUGUGCCUGGUGGGAAUUUGCAGAGGCAGGGCUCUUUGACGUUGCCGAGGACGCUUAGCCAGAAAACUGUUGAUGAAGUGUGGAAGGAUUGCUUAAAAGAAUCUGUUGCUCCGAAAUCUGCAAGUGGUAGUGGUGGUCCAAAUAUGGGGCCGAGGCAGCCCACUUUGGGUGAGAUGACACUGGAAGAGUUUCUGGCUCUAGCUGGUGUGGUUAGAGAAGAUGCCCAACCUCCUGGGAAGGUAAAUGGCACUGGUUUCUAUGGUGGUUUACCUCCAUCAAGUGGCAAUAAUUCUACUCUCAAUAUAGGGUUUCAACAGCCACCCUUGAGUCAGGGUUUGUUGGGCAACCAGUUCACAGAGCAGAACAAUAUCGUUCUUAAUUCACCUACUUUAGGAAUCAAUAUGAGCGUUGUAACAUCUUCGCAGCAGCAACCCCAGCCACAGUUACAGCCUCUAUUUCCGAAGCAAACAACCUUAGCCUUCUCCUCGCCUACACAACUGAGAACCAAUGCUCAGCUGCCUAGCUCAGGAACAAAAGGUGCGGUGGUGGAGAUGAAGAAUGGUUUGAGUAACACACGUAUUCCUGGUGGAGCACUCGUCUUGGGUGGAUUAAGCAAUGGGGCAGUAGUUGGAACAGGGUCUCCUGGGAAUAAUUUAUAUGCGGAUGGUAUUGUUAAGAAUAGUUCAGGCACGCCAUCUUCUGCAUCCCCUUCACCUUCACCUUAUAACUUUGGGGAAGCUAGGGCAGGCAGGAGAUCCUCUGCCUCUUUGGAGAAAGUGGUCGAAAGAAGGCGGAGGAGAAUGAUAAAAAACAGAGAGUCUGCUGCCAGGUCCCGAGCUAGAAAGCAGGCCUAUACUCUGGAACUGGAAGCAGAAGUUGCAAGCCUUAGAGAAUUAAACAGUGAGCUGCGGAGAAGUCAGGAAGAAUAUAUGGAGAUGCAGAAAAAUCAGAUCUUGGACACGAUGGAUAAGUCGUGGGGCGGAAAAAAGAAAUGCUUGAGGAGGACACUCACCGGACCUUGGUAGAGUAGAGCAGUCACACUCUUACAUGUACAUAGAGUUUGGACAGCUUAUGGCGAUCCUUGUUGGAUCUGGAUCUCGUUCAACGAGUGAUACACUCUCAUGUACAGAAGCUAAAGAGUCCAUGCUGUAUGUUGUGGUGCUACUACUAUUUAUUACGAAUGACUAUUUGUUGCUUCUCUGCUCUCUUCAUCUUGUUGUGUAUCUCAACUGCAGCUUAUACUGCUACUUUUGUUAGGGUUUAGGUCUAGCAGAAUAUAGUAUUUGGCACGAACAGAAUGAUAUUUAUAUAAUGUUCUGUAUCAAUAUAUGUUUAUAAUUAUGUUUGAGCUGUA